AUGGCUAUUAUAUUGUUAUUAGAUUUAUCAUUGUCGAUGGCACAAUCAAUAUUUAGAAUCAAUACAGAUCCAAAUAGCUAUUAUGAAGAACCACCAGAAAUUGCCAAUAAAAGAUUUUUAGAUUAUUUUAAAUCAGCAAUACAUUAUUUAAUAGAAGGCACCAAAGAGAAAACAAGUGAUUAUAUGCUAGAUCCCAUCGCUUUAAUAACAUACUCAACAGAGGUAAAUGUAUUGUUACCAUUUAGCAGAGAUUUUAAUAAUUUCUUGGAUGAAUUUAUAAACUUGGAUAUCAGAUUAGGCGCCAAAACCAAUCUUUUAACUGCCUUAGAAAGAACUGUCGAAAUUAUUCAAAAUCAAUUUGGAAAUUCAAGUGGUAUAUCAAAUGAAAUAUUUAUAUUUACUGAUCAAUGCACAUCUUUUGACACGGAUAGUAAAAUUUAUGAAAGCCUAAUAGAUUUUCAGUUUCCAUUUGUUCAUCAAUUUCAUUUCUUUUCAAUUUGCAUACAUGAAGACCACUAUUCCCACAACAAAAAAUAUUUAACAGAAAUAGAGAACCAAAUUGACGACAAAUAUAUUGCAAGCAAAUUACAAAAGAACCAGCUAAAACUAUUCAAGAAUAAUGAUUAUAAUGCGAUUAUCAAUGAUAAUUUCAAGGGCACAAUAGACAUCAUUAAAAUUUCAAAAGAUCUCGUAAAAACAAAUAUAAACAACAUCGAUCAUACUGGCGCCAGAAUAAAAGGCGAAUUGCAAAGCAUAAUGGAAAAAAUUAUAAAUUUCACUUUCCCAAUUUAUAAAAGUGUUUUAGCAUUUGGUAGAUUAAGCACCCCACUAUCAUUUUAUCCCUCACCAAUAACCUUAUUAAACUUUUUAAAUAAUAUUGAAUCAGAAAAUAGCAACAAUGCAAUUUCAUCAGUAACAAAUUUGAAUAGUAAUAAUAGUGGUAUAAUAAUACAACCCUCUUCCACAACUCCAACCACUACUAAUACCACAACCACAACCACCAAUCCAUCAGCAUCCAAUUUAUCAUCAACACAACCAGCAUAUAAAACAUUAAUGUCGUUAUCGAUCGUUGGAUUCUUACCUAACAAAUCAAUCUAUAAUACACCAGCUUUAUCAAGAUAUUUAAUUAUUCCAUUGGUCUCUGACUCAUCGAAUGGCAAUAGUUUACCUCCAUUUUGUUCAGUGCUUUUAAGUAUACUCAGAAGCGAAAACGUUACAGCAUUGGUUUAUAUUCAAGAGGGAUGGUAUGGUAUGAUUAUUCCCACAUUUGAUAGCGAUGUUCCAAUUUUAUCGCUGUGUGUAUUUGAACCGGGAAUUGAUUUACCAUAUUUAACAAAUGAUUUGGAUAGUUUUGAAAUUGGUAAUCUAAACGACUUUUUCCAACAUCAACUACAACAUAUUCAACAAAUACAACAACAUCAACAGUAUGUAAACUCAUUGGCCCAAGUAAAACCACCUCCACUCCAACCAUUCUCCGAACCACAAUCAAUAUAUCCUUUAUCAUACAACACAGUUGCUGAUUUUAACGGUAUAAAUUUCAUUAAGAGCGAUACAAUUCAAAAUGAAUUUACCAAAAUAAGCAGAUUGUUUAAAUCAUUACCACAAAAAUUAGAAUCAUUAAUAAUAGAAUGUGAAAAAAUUAGAGUUUUAGCAUUACUUUACCAACCAAAUCUAACAAAGGUAUUAUUAGCAUUAGUAAUUGACGAAUUCAAAUCCUUGAAAAAUCCAGAUGAAAAAACAUUUUGUUAUGUAAACGAAUUGGUAUUUUUUUUAGAGAACCCAACCGAACCAAUUAACGCCAACUCAUUAACCCAUUCAUUAUCGAUGAGACAGCAACAACAACAGCAACUACAACAACACCAACAACAACAACAACAACAACAACAACAGCAACAGCAACAGCAACAACAACAACAACAACAACACCAUCAACAACAACACCAUCAACAACAACACCAACAACACCAACAACACCAACAACAACACCAUCAACAACAACAACACCAUCAACAACAACAACACCAUCAACAUAAAAAUUAUCAACAACAACACCAUCAACAACAACAACAACAGCAACAGCAACCACAACAAGCCGGAAGAAGUAAGAAAUCAAAACAAAGUUUAUUUAAUAACAUAUUAAAUAAUUAA